AUGGAGUCCUUAAGUCAUCGGACUCUAUUGAAUACUACAACUUUUUUAUUAUUUAUAAUAUUAUUUAUUUCGACAUCGAAUGCAGCAACAUCUUUGACUGGAAUAUCGCUUCCAAUGAGAGUUACUGGUUACUCUCCGAAUCCAGCACCGAAUGCAAUAUCCAACAAUGUACUUACGAUUAGCGGUCAGAAUUUCCUGGGUGUAAAUUCUGUCAAGAUUGCCGGAAAUCCAUGUAACAUUGUCAGUUCUAAUCCAUCACAAAUCAUCUGUAAUUAUAAUGUGCUACUCCUGGGUGGUCCGACUCCAGUGACAAUAACAAGUGGAAUUGCCGGCACCACUGUAGAGGCUUUUAUUUUUAGCUAUCCAGUUCCGCAGCUAUCUCCAUUGCCAGGAAUACCACCCAUCUUGGUCAACACCACAAUGGCUUUUCCAUUGUCCGGUAAUUUCUUUGUUUGUGGAAAGAUCGUAGUUAAAGUCAAUGGUGCAGUCGCCCCAUACCUAACUAUCGCAUCUUGUAACCCAACACCAACACCAACAAUUAAUAAUAUUAGUCCAAAUGUAGUACCAUCUAAUACACCAGGAUAUAUAAGUAUCAUUGGUACUGGAUUUAUGGAUGGAUUAUCUUCAGCCACUAUCAACGGACAAUCUUGUAGCCAACAAACAGUAACACCAACCUCAAUCGAAUGUAAUACCAAUGCUCAACCAACUUCCUAUGGUCUUGUUCCAGUUUAUGUUACAAACAAUGGAAUUAAAUCCAACAAAUUUGAUGUAACACAUCUUCCACCAAUUCCAAGUAUUAGAUCAAUUUAUCCAAAUACUAUUGCAAUUACUACUACUCCAACCAUUACUAUCGAUGGUUCAAUGUUUAUUAAUGGGUUGACAUCUGUAAAGAUCGGUGGUUUACCAUGUUCAAAUAUGAAUAUUUUGAAUAUGGGCAACCUGAUUUGGUGUCAAGCACCUGCUCAAACAGCACCUGGUACUCAACAGUUGAUCAUUACCAAUGGAAAUGUUAAUUCAAGUCCAUAUACUAUGACCUAUAAUGUUUUGACACCAACAAUCACCUCUGUUUCGCCAGCUAUUAUCACAAUCAAUCAAGUCAAUACUGUUAGUGUUAUCGGUACCAACUUUGCACCGGGUGUAUCGACCGUAUCGCUUGGUUCAAUUCAAUGUUCAGUCACAUCAUCAACCUCCACCCUCAUAGUUUGUUCCUCGCCAAUUACCACCACAACCGGUAAUGUUCCAGUGCAAGUAAAAACACUUACUCUGGUUUCCAAUACAACUGGUAUCUUACUGGAUCCAGCCAAGCCAACAAUCCAAGCUGUUUCUCCAACAACUCAAGUAUCUGACCAAAUCACAACCCUAACAUUACUUGGUACCGGAUAUCAGCUGGGCAUUUCAACAGUCAAGGUUGGCAGUGCAGACUGUACAGUGAUGAGUGCUUCAACUACCCAGAUUGUAUGUAUUACUCCUCCACAGUUGUUGGACGCCACCGUGAAUAUUGUCGUUACCAACAAACAAUAUAUAUCAAACCCCUUACCCUUCAACAUUAGACCAUUGGUCCCAAUCAUCAGCAGUCUCAAUCCAUCUGCCGUUCUCAACAAUCAAUCGACUGUUGUUACAAUCGUCGGUGCCAAUUUCGUUGUUGGAAUGGUCUCAGUCUACUUGGAUAACAUUCUAAUGACACCAAGCCAGCAAUCCAAUACCCAGCUAGUAAUAACCGCCCCACCAAAGGUAUUAAUAGGUACCGUUCCACUAUCUGUGAGAAACACUGCCGCUCUCUUGGCAAAUACAGUGUUGUCAUACACAGCACCUCAACCGUAUAUCAAUUCAAUCAGUCCUACCUCUUUCAUGGCAAAUCAAGCCACUCUCAUUACCCUCGUCGGUUAUGGAUUUGUUUCAACCAUUAGCAGUGUAUCGGUAGAUGGUGUUGCAUGCAAUGUAUUACAGACAACCUCAACCUCUAUUAUCUGUUCCACUCCAACACUCAAUUACAUUGGUCCAAAGAAUGUAUGGGUGUCGAACGGUGCACUCAAAUCCAACAAUUUCUCAGUCAACUACAAUGCACCAUUGCCAAUUAUCACCUCUGUUUCACCAAGUUCAGUCAUCAAUGUCAAAUCCACUAUGGUUACAAUUUCAGGUUCCAACUUUAUGAAUGGUGUCACACAGGUCACCAUGACUGACUCUGUAGGUACCCUCCAACUACCUGCAACAGUAACGGCCACCAGCAUCAUAUUCCCCACCAUUGAAAUUGCAGAAAACGGUCCAAGAAGUGCGAGAAUAACGAAUGGCAAUCAAAUGGCUUCCACCUCAAUAAACUACAUUUCACAAGCUGUCACAAUUACCAACAUCAAUCCAUCGUCAAUGUUGAACAAUGUUGCACAAGUAGUAACCAUAACUGGUACCGGAUUUGAUUCAAGAGUUACCACCUUUGUUUCCGACACUUAUUUCAGUUGUUCAAAUCCAGUGUUUACACCAACCACUAUCAUUUGUACCGUUGCACCAGCUCCCAUCGAUGCCUCUAGAAAUGUCACUUUGAAAAACAUUGAUGUCACCUCGAACACCGUUGGAUUCACAUUCAUUCCAUUGCAACCGACAAUCACUUCAAUCUCGCCAUCCACUGUAUCCAAUCUUGGUGGCACUCUGCUCACUCUUAAUGGGGGAUUGGUAUCAUCAACCGUAGUUGUCAACACCACAAUGGUUACAUUUGUUAAUCCACAACUGAUUGGAACCAUCGGAUCUCAAACUGUCCAAGUUGCCAAUGGUAAUAAAGCAGCUACAAUUGGUUUGAUUUACAAGUCACCAAUUCCCACUGUAACCAGUGUCAAUCCAACUUCUGUAUUGAUGACAGGUGGAUCUAUUGUAACCCUUAUCGGUACCAAUUAUCAAGUUGGUGUUACAAAGGUCUACAUCAACGGUGCAUUAGCUCCAAACACAAUAAUUGCCAGCACAAUCCAACUCUCAUUUACCGCUCCUUUGAUCUUGGCAACUGGUUCCAUCAGCAUCGUUGUUUCCAAUGAGUAUCAAAACGCUACCACACAAAUCACCUAUACUGCACCAGCUCCAACACUGAACUCUGUCAAUCCAACAAAUAUUCAAGCAGGAUCCAGUUCUGUAAUUACUUUGGCAGGUACCAACUUUGUGAGUGGAUACUCUGUUGUCACUGUUGGCAGCACUUCGUGUACUGUACUCUCGACCACUACCACGCAAAUUCUCUGCAGUGUUCCAAUCAUUCUUGUGAGUUCGACCAUCGCCGUCAAUGUUAUCAAUGGUCCAAACUUGUCAAACUCGAUCUACGUGAAUGUUGUUUCACCUAUACCAACCUUGACAUCGAUCUCCCCAACCUCCAUUCUUAACAACGUCAACAAUGUAAUUACAAUUAACGGUACCAACUUUGUACCAGGCCUCACUUUUAUUACAUUCAGAGAUCUCGUUCCAAAUACACCAAUCAACUGUCCCAUUAACACCACCAACAUGUUGAGCGCUAAUUCUGCCACUUGUGUUCUCCCAACAAUGGAUUACGUUGGUCAAAAACAAGUGAUAGCAAUCAACACACCAGUUGUAUCGAACACCUUACUUCUCCUAGUGAAUUCACCGGUUCCAAUCGUUAACAGUAUCACACCUUCCCAAGUAUUAGCUGAUACACCAACACCAGUUACUCUUACUGGUAGUAAUUUCGCUUUGUUACAAUACACCAAUAUCAACAUCACUUCAAGUUCAAUCUCACUGGUCACACCAACUUUUGUCAACAACACAUGUAUUAUUUUCAAUUCAGUUGUAUUAAAUUCAAUUGGCACUGUUAAUGUUACUGUUGUUUCCUCUGGAGCUUCCAGUCCAAGCAAUGUUGUUAACCUACAGUAUAUUCCAGGUUUACCAGUGGUUUCAAGUUAUCAACCAACACCAAUUCAAUAUGGAAUUGUCAAUUCCCUUACAUUGACUGGUUCAAGAUUCUAUGGUUUAACUUAUGCCUACUUCGAUGAUGGUAGUGUAUGUCCUAUAACCUUCCAAAACUACACAACCAUUGUAUGUAGUACACCACUGCUGACUAUCCUCCAAGGAGAGCCAAAUGUCCGACUCUAUCUUCAAAAUCAACAACUACUAUCCGAUCCCAUCUCAAUUGCAAUCGUACCUCCAACUCCAACCAUAACAUCACUCGACCAGAAAACAUUGUACUCAGAUCGUACCACUCAACUAUUAAUCAAAGGAUCUGGAUACUUGGCAUUUGGAACCUAUGUUACUAUCAAUGGUGUUUCAUGUACCAUACUCUCGAUUACCUAUAACAAUAUUACUGUUGUCGCACCAAAGUUAUCGAAGGGAGCAUACUCUUUGAUUGUCGAAAAUAUUGAUGAUUCUUAUACUGCAUCUGCACCCAUUCAAUUUGGUGAAAACAGAGUAACAAUCGUUGGUAGUGGAUUCAUGCAGAGUUACUCUAGUGUAUUUGUUGGUGUCUAUGAAUGUAUUCCAUAUUCAGUCAGUUCUAUGUAUAUAUUCUGUGAGAUGCCUGUUGUUGGUACUCCAGGUGUUCUCGCAGUCAAUGUCUUCAACAGUGAGUUGAUGUCCAACACCAAGUACAUUGAAUACAUCAAUCCAUAUCCAGUCAACUACGUAUCACCAACCUAUGUUUAUCACAAUACCAGUGAAUCAAUUACCCUCACUAUUGUUGGAGACAAUUUCGAUGAGAGUGUUGGUUUGGGUCAGGUAUUACUCAGAAACUCUGGAGCCACCUACAAUUGUACCAUUCAAAAUGUUACUGAAUCAUCGGUUGUAUGCACUUCAGCAAUGCUUCCAGUAGGUGCCUAUGAGGUAAUGUUCUAUUCCGGAUUAUUACAUUCAAACUCCACAACUUUUUCUAUUCUCGACAGACCACUUUCAUGUCUCUCUUCAAGCGGUGCACCAGUAUCAUGGUGGUUCGCAAGAAAGAUUCCACAAACACAAUCAUACAUCUACUUUGAUAGUGAAUCAUCAGAUGUCAAAUACCUCUCUUCCAUCUCAUCAAAUACAAGUUGUUUAGCAAUUACUCUUGAUCAGAUCAACCAAGAUUCCUAUUCGUUCAAUGGAUAUGCAAUGUAUAACGACCAUCCAUGGUAUGACGACUACUCUGGUCAGCUUGCCAGAUCUGUCAAAGGAAAUCCAAAUGUCAACCUAUCACUUGGUAAAGGAAUACUAGUUGCUCAAACCUUCUUCAACGUCACCUAUUCACCUGGAUUCCAUAUUAAACACUCAAUGGAAGGUUUCCCAAUUCCACUUGCCAAUGGACAAUUCAAAUCACCGUCUGACUAUCCAGAUAGCUGGCUUCCAAAUGACUACCAUCUUAGACCAACUCAAUCAGAUGAUUAUUCUCUCGGACACUCAUUCCUAUGCCACAACUUUGUGGAUUCCACCGAUAUUAUCAAUGCAAUUCAAAUCACCAAACCAUUUAUCUACUCAAGUAACAGAUACAACACUGAAACAGCUAAUCUCCUCACACCACUGUUUAGCACCAACUCAUUGGUUAGCUACACCUCUCAAAGUUGGUCGUCAGGAGUGUUUGUUUCUUCAGGAUACAAACAGAAUAUAUUCUCGCCAAUUGGAUUGUUACCAUUAUCAAUUACUCUACCAGCGAAAUAUAAACUUCCAACCGGUGCAAUUGGAGUCACAGAGACCAAACUGUCAUCGGGUUUUGUCUCGAAAUACAAUAUUUCAGUGAAACUUUCACAAUGGAAAUCGGAUAUCGAUAGAAGUUACAUUGCUUUCAAUGACACUCAUAUUUGUCUUGGUGACUACACCGCCAAGACUGCUAUGGGGGGAGGUCUCGCUGUUUGUGUCUCCCAAGUAUUGUUUGGUGAAUUCUUUAUUGACACCAUCUUCAAGUAUCAACAAACCAAUUGUACAACACUGCAAUGCUCCAACCAAAUUCAGAAUCAAUUCUUUAUCUCCAUUAAAUCCAAGUUGCUAUUCGAUACAACCUAUGUCAACAGUGGUCAAAUGGCCACUUACUUGGAUGUUGUAGAUCCAUUGCUACCAAACACCAAGUUGGGUAUCUCCAAUCUUGGAUGUACUGGUCAGUUUUGUCCAUUGGAUCAAAACGUCAAUCAAACUUACCAAACUGAUUCCGUUUCGAUUUUCUCAUUCCGUGGUAGUUACAAUCCUGUUUUCAAGGUAAUUCUACAAUCAACUGACAGCUCCAUUGUCAUUAGAAAUUCGAAUGGUCUACCAAUUUCGAUUGUCACCUACAAUACCACUGGUACCUAUAUCCCACAAACCACUUCGACCACCCAAAAGAAUAUUGUCUUCACCUAUAAACUAUUGCAAUUGGCAAAGAGCGUAAUUGAUAACCUUGGUUUUGGAACGAUCGGUGAUUAUGAUUUAACCAUCCAAAGUAACAAUAAUGCAAUUCUCAACGGUCAUUCCAAUAUCCAGAUUAAUAUGGAUAGUUUAGAUGUCCAGUCAUUGUUCCGAGCAAUUGGUUAUGACUUAUUGAUUCAACUGAAUCAAAAUACGUCUAGUAUCGAAUUGUCAACACUCACUUUAGAUACUUUUGAAUCUUCCAAAUCAGAAGCAUUGCUUGGAGGUAUGGUAAACUUUGUUGCCAUGAAACUCAGACAGUUGACUUUACCAACACUUCCAUUGUCAAUGAUCCAAUCCCUCACUGAUUCCACUGGACAGUCGAUCAAUCUCGAAUCAUUCACUAGCUCCAGAAUGACAAGAAGAAACGGUGUACUAUCUCAAGGAUGGAUCACUGCAUACCUCUGGGAUUUGACUGAUGAUGAAAACGAUGAUUAUGUUGACCCAACACUUAGAAGACCACCAUACAGUGACAACAACUUUGGAAAUCAAAUUGAAUUCAAAUAUAUCCUCAACAAUACAAAGAUCAAUGGAUUGCAAUCGGAUAUUAUUUCAUUCUCUGAAUCGUUGUUCACUUUGUUGCCAACUUACAAUCCACUUAUCAUUCCACACUCUCGCUCCAUCAUGAAAUACAACAAUAUCUUUGAAUGCACUUAUUGUGUUGUUGAGAAUCCUCCAGCAGUAACAAACUCUUCUGACUUUGAAAGUGUAUUGCUCUCUCACGGUGUUUGUCAAUCAACUAUUGAUUCAACUGCUAUACCAACGAUCUCAGAAGUUCAAGACUUUAUAUCAUUCUGGAUUUCAUCAAUGGAAGAACCCACCAAUUGGGAAACCAAUCAAGCUCUUAACAUCCUCUAUUCUUCUCAAUUCAAAUCAAUCUAUUCCAAUUCAUUGUUAUUGGAAGCACUCAUGCAAGUUGUUGAUCCAACACUUUUCGAUACAUUCUUUGUUCAACCAUUGAAUGCUCAAACUGGAUUGGCGAUCAUCACCUACAAGAACUAUCUUUGUGCAUUCAACAUUGUCAAUGAAACUGAUUUCAACAGUGGUGCUAUUCUCUCUUUAUGUCCAAGUGGACCAAUUGUCACAUCGAUCACUGGAACCAACGGACCAACACACUCUGACAGCAAUGCAAUCACCUUGGUCGGUCAUAAGCUGUCGGAAUCAGGUGUUCAAGUAACUGUUGGCGAUGAGGAAUGUCAAGUCCUCAGCUCAACUGACACCCAAUUGAUUUGUAAAGUUGGACAAGGUGUUGGUAUAUUACCAAUCAGUUAUUCGAAUAUCAACACAAAUCUUCCAACCGAAACACCAUUAUCCAAUUACAACUUCACCUAUAACUUGCCAACAAUUACUUCUAUCUCAACUUUGAACUGGCCAGUUGCAACCAUUGGCGAUAAGAUAACUGUGUUUGGAACAGACUUUGGUUUCAGCAAUGACGAUACCUUACUGUUUGUUGACAAAUUUGGUUAUGAGAUAGAACAGUUCAUUGUCAAUGGAAUCAACAACCAAGGAUUAGUUUUCACCUCCAAUGGAACUGGUCUGGGUAAAGUAGUUUCUAUUGUUGUUGGCAACCAAUCAACUGUUGCCAAUGAAGACUUUGUUAUCGACCACAAAGCACCGACAAUCACCUCAAUUUCCAUCAAUACAUCACCAACACCAGGUGGAGGAGAGAUGACAGUCACUGGUACUUCAUUCGGUGAAACUGACUCAUCCAUAGAAAUAUUCAUCGGCACACCCUGUGACACAACCAUUAGAAUUGAUGAUAACACUGCCAUUUGUACCAUUCCAGCAUACUGGGGAAUUAACCAAGUUUCUAUAACAGUUGAUGAUCAAUCAUAUGACAACGGACCAACAUUCACCUAUCCAGUUCCAGUCAUCUUCCAAGUCAUCCAGACCAACAAUACUCCCACUGCCAACGGCAGUGAAUUCUGGGUGGUUGGUUCCGAUCUCGGACCUCUGGGAUACAGUGACUUUAAUAUGAGUCUCUUCCUAAAUGUAACAGUCGAUUGUGAUGUCGAUGAAGAUUGCUACUACAACGUCACCUAUGAAGACGGUCAGGGUAAUCCAGUGCCAGUUCCAACCGAUCCAUAUCACAACGGUCUCUACUUUGACCCAUAUGUUCUCAUGAAUGAAUCAUACCGUACCACAGUCAACUUUGACUGCAUUCGUUGUUACUUGCAACCGGGUGUAGGAUUCUCAAUUCCAGUGAAUCUUUCAUAUGCCUAUUAUUCCUCAAAUAUCAUUGAAAAUGGUGUUUCGUUCAACCGUCCAACCAUUUCCAUUGUCAGUCAGAACCAAUCAGACACAGAUGGUGGUCAACCAAUCACAAUCAUCGGUUAUGAUUUCGUUCCAAAUGAAUUGAAUAUCACCGAUGAAUAUGAACUUUUCAUACUCAACCCAGCAUACACAACAUUUGAAGGACCACUCACAUACAGUAAUGCAAGUAUUGGAAGUUAUCUUCUCAAUAAUAUCACAUUCAGCAAUUCAACUUUAGUCACUGGUAACGUACCACCAGGUAUAGGUGCCAAUCUAACAGUUUCAUUGUUCAUUGGUGGCCAAAAUGCAACACAAAACUUCACAUUCUCAUACAAUGCACCAAAUGUCAGUUCAAUAUCAACAUCAGACACACCAGGUCAAAACAUCACGAUUUCUGGAAUCAACUUUGUUCCACACAACGUUUCAGCAGGUAAUUCAAGUUUUGUUUUGAUCAAUGGAACUGAAUGCAAAUCACCAGUUUGGAUUUCAUCAAGCAACAUCAGUUGUACUCUUUCACCAGGAAUUGGAAAGAAUUUGACUGUUACCGUUUCAAUCAGUGCUCAAAAUAAUACUGAUAAUACUUUAUUCUCAUAUAAUCUACCAAAUAUAUCAACAAUUUCAAAUAGUACAACAGAUGGAGAUACCAUUUCAUUGAUUGGAUUUAAUUUCGUUCCAAAUGGAGUUGAUCCAGUCAAAUCAAAUAUUACGAUUGCUGGACAUGCAUGUGGAAAUGUCAAUUGGAUCAAUGAAAACAAUGUGACAUGCACAGUUCAAGCAGGAAUUGGAAAGAACUUGACAGUUUCAUUGAUUGUUGGUGAUCAACCAAAUCAACAAGACAACAUUACAUUCUCAUAUCAACCACCAGCCAUCAAGAAUAUCUCAAGUACCGAUACCGAUGGAGGUCAAAUUACAAUCGAUGGUUCAAACUUUGUUCCAGAGAAUGUUGAACCAUUGAACUCCAACAUCACAAUCAACAGUGAAGAUUGUAAUUCAAUCGAGUGGAUCAGUUCCACAAAGAUCGUCUGUACUCCAAAUCCAGGAAUUGGUAAAAAUCAAACAUUCGUCUUGUUUGUUGGAAAUCAAACAACAUCUGACAAACAAUACUUUAACUACAACGCACCAACAAUUUCAAGUAUCACACAAUCCAAGACUGAUGGUGAACAAAUUACAGUCACCGGAACAAAUUUUGUUCCAGAGAAUGUUGAACCAUUGAACUCCAAUUUGACAAUCAAUGAAAAUGAUUGUAACGACAUUGAAUGGGUCAGCUCAACUGAAAUACGUUGCACAGUUUCAAAGGGUAUUGGAAAAGAUCUUUCAGUUACCUUAUUCGUUGGAAAUCAAACAACAUCUGAAAAAUCAACAUUCAACUACAAUGCACCAUCGAUUUCAGCGGUAUCUAAAUCAAAUACAGUUGGAAGCUCAAUUACAAUCGAUGGUACAAACUUUGUUCCAGAGAAUGUCGAACCAAAGAAUUCAAACGUCACAAUCAACGAUCAAGGAUGUGAGAAUAUUGAAUGGACAAGUUCAUCAAAGAUCAUUUGUGAUUCACCAGCUGGAAUUGGAAAAGAUAUUUCAUUGACACUUUUCGUUGGAAAUCAAUCAACCACUUCAAAACUUUCAUACAACAUUCCAACAUUAGAUAGCACUGAUCAAUAUGAAGGAGAUCCAUCUGGAGUUUCAAUCGAUGGUAAUCAAUGUCAAUCAGUUGAAUGGAUUGAUAACAACAAUGUGAAAUGUCAAAUUCCAUCAGGAUCCGGAAAGAACAAAGAAAUCAAAGUUGUUGUUGGUACACAAAGUAGCGAAUCAAAUCAAUUAUUUGAUUACAAAUCACCAACAGUCACAUCUAUUUCACCAUCAAGUGGAGAUAGAGAUCAAGAGACAUUGGUUACGAUCACCGGUAAAUACUUUGGACAAAACCCAACUGCCACAAUAGGUGAAGCUGGAGAAUGUACCAAUGUUGUAGUUCUCUCCAAAUCGAAUGGAAACGAUCGUUUACAAUGUAAUGUUCCAACCUAUGACAGAAACUCUGAUGAGACUGUUUCAGUCACUUUGGACGGUCAGAAAUCCAGUGAAACAUCAGUUACAUACAAAUAUAAAGGAACACCAAAGAUCGACUCUAUCUCACCAGAGUCAGGUUCAGUCGAUGGUGAUUUCGAAAUUACAUUAUCAGGUAAAUUCUUCACCGACGGAAGUAACUCACCAACUGUAUACUUUAACUUCCAAUCGGUCUCAGUCACCUCGUCAUCAGAUGACACCAUCAAAUUCGACGCGCCAAAAGGUGGAGGUGAGAAAGUACCAAUCUACGUCCAAGUCGGAAGUCAAACAAGUAGUGUAAACACUGACUUCUCAUAUGAUGCACCAGAUAUCACAUCGAUCACACCAGACGAAGGACCAUAUGAUGAGCAAACUUCAAUCACAAUCGAAGGUUCAAAUCUUGGUCUAUCUGAUCAAUCAAUGCUCACUCAAGUUUUGAUUGGUGCAAUGCCAUGCUCCAAUAUCCAAGUACAAUCUUCUGACAGUGUAACAUGUACUGUUGAACCAUCUGAAGAAGAAGGUGAAGUAGAAGUAACACUUUAUUUCUACACUCAAAGUGCCACUAAUGAUAGUAGCAGCAGUAGCAGUGAGAGUAGCAGUGAAAGCAGCAGCGAGAGUGAAAGCAGUAGUGAGAGUACAAGUGAAAGCAGUCAAGAUAGUGGAAGUGAUGGUAGUGACGGUAGUGAUGGCAGUGACAUGAGUGAAGGUAGCCAUGAAGGAAGUCACCAAGAUGAUACUACAGAUUCUACAUCGACCACCUCAACAACCUCAACUACUUCGACUACAGGAACAACAGGAACAACAUCAUCGACCUCAUCCCAAUCUACAACUUCAUCUUCUACCACUGGUGGUAACAACAAUGGUGGAGAUGGUGGAGAUGGUGGUGGUGGAGAUGGAGGUGGAGGAUCAGGUGCUGGUGCUGGUGCCGGUGCUGGUGCUGGUGCCGGUGCGGGUGCUGGUGCUGGUGCUGGCGCGGGAGCUGGUGCUGGUGCUGGUGCCGGAGCUGGUGCAGGAGCUGGUGCAGGAGCGGGAUCUGGAAAUCACGACUCAACAAGUGGAGGUUCAAAUCCUACAACAUCUACACACUCUACAACGACCUCUACCACUUCAACAACUUCUUCAACAACCUCAUCAACUACUGGAGAGAACCCAAUUACCUCUGGAAGUUCGACUACUACAACCACAACUGGUACAACCUCAACUACAUCUUCAACUACUGGAACAGGAGUUCCAACAACAGAUUCUACUACUGGAACUACUACAUCACCUUCUACUUCUACUGGCACAACAUCGACUACCAGUACAACAACCAGUGUACCAACAUCGACAACAAUGAUAGUAACAGGAAACUCAACAGAAUCCAGUACAACCGAUCAGACUACCACUUUGUCAACAACUUCAACAACAUCUACCACUGGAACCUCGACAACAUCAACUACUAGCGAACCAACAACUGUUUCUACCUCCACAACAACAUCUGGAGAUUCGACAACAUCAACUACUGAUUCAACAACAUCGACCACAUCAACUACUGGUGAACCAACAACCUCGACCACAUCUGGAGAUUCAACAACAUCGACCACAUCAACUACUGGUGAACCGACAACUGUGUCUACCUCCACAACAACAUCCGGAGAUUCAACAACAUCGACCACAUCAACCACUGGUGAACCAACAACUGUUUCUACCACUACAACAACAUCUGGCGACUCAACUACCUCGACUACAUUGACCACAUCUGGAGAUUCGACAACAUCGACCACAUCAACCACUGGUGAACCAACAACUGUUUCUACCACUACAACCACAUCUGGAGAUUCGACAACAUCGACUACAUCAACCACUGGUGAACCAACAACUGUUUCUACCACUACAACAACAUCUGGAGAUUCGACUACCUCGACCACAUCAACUACUGGCGAACCCACAACAGUAUCUCUAACCACCACCACCACAUCUGGAGAUUCAACAACUUCGACCACAUCAUCCACAACAGGUGAAUCAACUACAUCUGUAUCAACAACUGGAACAACAUCGACUACUGGUGAACCAACAACGGUGUCCACCACCUCAUCUGGAGAUUCAACAACCUCGACUACAUCAUCCACAACAUCGACUACUGGUGAACCAACAACUGUGUCCACAACUGCGAUAACAUCUGGCGACUCGACAACAUCGACAACAGUAUCCACUUCCACAUCAGGAGACUCAACUACCUCGACUACAUCAACUACUGGUGAAUCAACAAGUGUGUCCACCACCACAUCUGGAGACUCAACAACUUCGACAAUUGGUGAAUCAACAACUGUGUCCACAACUACAACAACAUCUGGAGAUUCGACUACAUCUACUACUGGCGGAUCAACAACCGCAUCUAUCACCACCACCACAUCAGGAGACUCAACUACCUCGACAACAUCAACCACUGGUGAAUCAACUACAUCCACAACCACCUCUACAACUGGAGAUUCAACAGCCUCGACUACAUCUACAACCAGUGAACCAACAACCGUAUCUCUAACCACGACUACCACAUCUGGUGAUUCGACUACUACUUCAUUGACAACUAGUGACUCAACUGUAUCGACUACAGGUGAACAAUCCACUACAGCCUCAAUCUCCACGACCUCGACCACUUCAGGAGAUUCAACUACCACUUCAUUGACAACUGGCGAAUCAACAACAUCAUCUCCAACAACCUCUGAUUCAACGGUAUCCACAACCACAGGUGUAUCAACCACCUCAUUGACAACUAGCGAAUCAACAACAUCAGCACCAACAACCUCUGAUUCAACUAUAUCAACAACUGGAGAUCAGUCCACCACAGUUUCCACCACCUCGACAACUGGAGAUUCUACUACCACCUCAUUGACAACUGGAGAACAAACUACAAGUGUAUCGACUACAUCGACCACAUCAGGAGAUUCUACUACCAUUUCAUUGACAACUGGCGAAUCAACAACAUCAGCCCCAACAACCUCUGAUUCAACUGUAUCGACAACUGGAGAAUUAUCGACGACAGUUGUAUCAACUACGGUCACUACCACAGGUGGAGAUUCGACAACCAUUUCAUUGACAACUAGUCAAUCAACGACAGAUGCUCCAACAUCGACAACCUCUGGUAUCUCAACCUCCACUGUAUCGACUGGAGAUUCAACAAUCUCAACAACAUCGACAACCGGUGAAUCAACUACAUCAAUCCCUACAACUGGUGACUCAACUAUUUCGACAACUGGAGAUCAAUCCACUACAGUUUCAAUCUCCACCACCUCUACAACUGGAGAUUCUACAACCUCGACUACAUCUACAACUAGUGAACUAACGACAGUAUCUCUAACCACCACUACUACUUCUGGUGAUUCUACUACCUCUUCAUUGACAACUAGUGACUCAACUGUAUCGACUACCGGUGACCAAACCACUAUAACCUCAAUCUCCACGACCUCGACCACUUCAGGAGAUUCGACUACCACUUCAUUGACAACUGGCGAAUCAACAACAUCAUCUCCAACAACUUCUGAUUCAACUAUAUCAACAACCACUUCGUUGACUACUGGAGAACUAACAACCACCAUCUCCAUCUCAACCACAACAAGCGGAGACUCAACCACCUCGACAACAUCAGGAGAUUCGACAACCACCUCAUUGACUACCAGCGAAUCAACAACCUCAGCACCAACAACCUCUGAUUCAACUGUAUCGACAACUGGAGAUCAAUCUACAGGUGUACCAACUACCUCGACUGCAUCCACCACCUCGACAACUGGAGAUUCUACUACCACCUCAUUGACAACUGGAGAACAAUCUACAAGUGUAUCUACUACAUUUACAACUAGUGAACCAACGACAGUAUCUAUCACCACCACUACCACAGGUGGAGAUUCGACUACCACUUCAUUGACAACCAGCGAAUCUACUGUAUCAACUUCUGGUGACCAGACCACUACAGCCUCAAUCUCCACCUCGACCACAUCAGGAGAUUCAACAACUAGCGGAUCAACAACAUCAGCUUCUACAACCUCUGACUCAACUGUAUCGACAACUGGGGAUCAGUCCACCACAGUCUCCAUCUCCUCCACCUCGACAACUGGAGAUUCUACAACCUCGACAUCGGGUGAAUCAACAACAGUAUCUAUCACCACCACCACCACCACCACAGGUGGAGAUUCGACUACCACUUCAUUAACAACCAGCGAAUCUACUACCUCGGGUGUAUCGACUUCUGGUGACCAGACCACUACAGCCUCAAUCUCCACGACCUCGACCACAUCAGGAGAUUCGACAACCACCUCAUUGACUACUAGCGAGCCAACAACAUCAGCUCCAACAACCUCUGAUUCAACUGUAUCGACAACUGGAGAGCAAACCACCACAGUCUCCAUCUCCUCCACCUCGACAACUGGAGAAUCGACAACCACCUCUUUGACAACUGGAGAUCAGUCCACUACAGUUUCCACCACCUCGACAACUGGAGAAUCGACAACCACCUCUUUGACAACUGGAGAACAAACUACAAGUGUAUCAACUACGACCACCUCAUCGAUAACUAGCGAAUCAACAACAUCAGCCCCAACAACCUCUGAUUCAACUGUAUCGACAACUGGAGAUCUAUCGACAGUUGUAUCAACAACAUCCACUACAUCAGGAGAUUCGACAACAUCGACAACCGGUGAAUCAACAACAGGCUCUAUUACCACAACAACAUCUGGAGACUCAACGACCUCUGUAUCUACAACAAGUGAACCGACAACAGUGUCAACAACAGGCUCUAUUACCACAACAACAUCUGGAGACUCAACGACCUCUGUAUCUACCACCACUACCACCAGUAUAGAUUCGACUACUACUUCAUUGACUACUGGUGAAUCAACUACCUCUUCAACAUCGACAACCGGUGAAUCAAUUUCAACCACAAGUGGUGAUUCUACAACUUCUGUAUCUACGGCAUCCACUGUUUCUACAACUGGUGAAUUGUCCACAACUGGUGAUCAAUCUACCACAGCUACAUCUGGAGAUUCAACUACCUUAACAACUUCUUCGAUGUCCACAACAGGUGAUUCGACUCCUACAAUUUCCACUACAGUAUCCACUAGUGGAGAUUCCAUUUCAACAACCUCCACAACAAGUGAGUCGAUCUCUACAACAUCGACAUCUGCUGAAUCGACAACAACCGUAACUACAUCUAUCGAUUCAACCACGUUAACCACUGCAGGUGACUCAACUACUUCAUCGGGAAGCUCACAAUCCACAACAACUGGACCAACUCUUUCAAGUGGUGACACCACCUCAUUCUCAUCUACCAAUGUAACAUCUGAUUCGACAACAUCAACAACUGGUGCUGGAUCUACUACAUCUGGAUCGGUAACAACUACAACUGGUGCUGACUCUGGAUCAACUACAAGUGCUGCUUCUGGAUCGGUAUCAACUACAACUGGUGCUGAUUCUGGUUCAGUAUCGACAACAUCGACAACUGGUGCUGCUGGUUCCACUCAAGAAUCAACAACAAGUGCUGUAUCUGGAUCUGUAUCGACAACAUCAACAACUGGUGCUGCUGGUUCCACUCAAGAGUCAACAACAAGUGCUGCAUCUGGUUCUGUAACAACAACUGAAGCCGCAUCUGGAUCUGUAUCGACAACAUCUACAACUGGUGAUGCUGGUUCCACUCAAGAGUCAACAACAAGUGCUGCAUCUGGAUCAGUUUCAACAACAUCGACAACUGGUGCUGCUGGUUCCACUCAAGAAUCAACAACAAGUGCUGCAUCCGGCUCUGUAACAACAACUGAAGCCGCAUCUGGAUCAGUUUCAACAACAUCAACAACUAGUUCUGCAUCUGGAUCUGUAUCUACAACAUCGACAACUGGUGCUGCUGGUUCCACUCAAGAGUCAACAACAAGUGCUGCAUCUGGUUCUGUAUCAACAACUGAAGCUGCAUCUGGAUCGGUAUCAACUACAGGUGAUGCAUCUGAAUCUGUAACAACAACAUCUACAACUGGUGCUGCUGGUUCCACUCAAGAAUCAACAACAAGUGCUGCAUCUGGAUCAGUUUCAACAACAUCAACAACUGGUGCUGCUGGUUCCACUCAAGAAUCAACAACAAGUGCUGCAUCGGGAUCAGUUUCAACAACAUCUACAACUGGUGCUGCUGGUUCCACUCAAGAAUCAACAACUAGUGCUGCAUCGGGAUCAGUUUCAACCACAGGUGCUGCUGGCUCAACUCAAGAAUCCACAACCGGUGCUGAUGCAUCAGGUUCUGUGACAACCACUGAGGAAUCUACAACCCGACCAUCAUCAGGAUCCAACUCAGACACUUCUACCACUAUCACAAGUGAAAUAACAAGUGCUUGA